AAACCACAAAAAAAUGUUGAUUCUCAACCAAAAAUGAUGGCACGACAAAGAGCGCAGCCGGUUAAAUUAACCGGAUUUUGUGAUAUUGUUAGUCAAGCUGCAAUGAAAAAGGGAAAAACAGCCACCAAACCGAUUACAACCAAAACAGCAACAACGGCCAAAGCAAAAACAAUGGAAACAACAACAACCACAACAACAACCACAUCGGUGAUGGCAAGUUCGAAAACGACCAAAACUUCCGACAAAUGGGAAGAAUUUCGUGAGAAAAAAUUGGCCGAAAUGAAACAGCAUAAAAUCAAUGUUGAACGUCGUAUGCAAACAAGCUGUAACAUUGACGGUCAAAUGUAUUGGAGUCAACGUGCUGAUAAAUUAAAACGAUAUCCAAAACAUGAAGCACUUCAUCCAGCUUGGUAUACGGAAAAUAUCUAUUCGAAUCAUUCAAUUGAUUUAGAAACCGAUGACUUUGGUGGUGGUGGUGCCGGUGUUGCUGUUGGUGAUCAAUACGGUCCAAAUGAAUACGAUCGUGAGCUAUUUCACAGAAAGAAAACACAUAUCGAUACGGGUUAUGGAUAUCCGAAAAUUUCACGUAGUUGUUGUUUUGGCAGCGGAUACGAUGAACGUCCAAAGCCAGUUUUAAUGCCGAAAUCAAGCUCAUUCACCGGAACGAGUAGCCGUGGUAUGAGCAACGUACGAACAAUGUAUAGUACCGUUGAGGAAGAAAGCUAUUUGGAAGUGCGCCGUCAAAAUAACACACGAAACAAUAUGAAUCGUAGUGGUUUGCGAAAAUUUUAUUGUUGGGAAAAUGAUCGACAUCAAAAUAUUGAGAGAGAUGAUUUAUACAGAACCAAUUCACAUCAUCAUCUUGAUGAUGAUUGUUAUAUGAAAAAUUCCGAAGUCUAUCAAAUCGAACGUGAUCGAAAUUAUUAUAAAAAACCAAAUAUCGAUGGUGUACACGAUGUACAAGCGACCACAAAUGCCAAUUAUAUUCGAAAUAUUUGGCAUAAUCGGAAUCGAAGUGCGUCUCUGUACAAAGUACAAAAUGUCAAUGAAAUUAACGGCAAUUAUUUGGAAGAUUAUAAUAUGCCUUAUGAUAUGGCUCAAAAGCGACAACAACCACCACAGCCACCGCACCAUCAGCAACAUCAGCAACAUCAUCAUGAUUUGGAUGCGCAUCAUCCAUUUGAAGAAGAAUAUUUGAUAAUCCAUCAAAAUAAACCAAAUAUUAAUUUAUAUUCGGCGCGAAAUAGCUUUGAUGAUCCAAUUUCGGUGAGUCGACGUCAAAGUUAUCAUUCAAAUGAAAUGUACACAAGUGAUAUGGAUCCGUAUAGUGAACGAUAUUUGAACCGUGAUAAAAACUGCCUGGAUAUGUAUCGGGACCAAUCUCGUCACAGUAUUCGUUCGAAAAGUAUGUUGGAAGUGAAGCCACCAAAUCGAUACGAUGACACAUCGUCCGAUUCGACCAUUGACGAUUUAUACGAUUUCAAUUUUGAUUUUGCCAAUCAAUAUGAAUUAGACUAUCGCAAUAAUAAUAAUGCAACAACGAAAAGCAUAUUGGCCAAAGAGAAUAGCAUGUGCAAUGCAUCGACAUCAUUGACAUUCAAGGAAAAGAAUAUCAAUGUGGACAAUUAUUCAGAAUAUCGAAAAUGCACAAUGGACAGCAUUGAUGACACGGACAACGAACUAAACGAUGUUGAUUUUAUUAGUCAAAGUGACGAGGACGAAGACAUAAAUUUCAAUAGUUUAACAUCACCACGACAUUCGCCACGACACGAACGCGGUCCGUCACGCUAUCAAACAUCACAAGACAAUGAAUACAUGCUUUCGAAUCGUGGUGCACGUGAACGAUACUAUGAUAAUUGUAUGUCCGGCACCGAAUACUAUCCAACCAUCUGCAAUAAUAGUAAUAAUAAUAAUCCGAAUCUCAUCAGUUCAAAUGGAAAUAGUACAAUUAACAAAGGUCAUCAUCAAAUCAACAAUAUGGAUUUGGACGAUAAUAAAAUCAUUAACAACAAUACAAUAGCGGUUGAUGCGGUUGACGUAGAUGGCAACAUUGUCAAUAUGAAUAGCCAAGAAAGUAACGGGGCAAUUAGUUUAAUCAAUAAUAUCUUUUCAAUUUAUAAACCACGAAAAUAUUCGCCGGUAAGUUGUCAUCGGCCGACAAGUGCGGCGAUAGCAAAUAGUCAAAAAGUUACAAAAAAUAUGAACAUUCCGAGCACGGCUCGGCCAUUGGGCGCACCUGAUAGUGAUUGUUUAACAUCAUUGAAGCGACCGCUGACUUUUGGACCAUCUUGUUUUACAUCACAAAAACGGAAUUGGUUCAUGCCACCAACCGGAUCGGUGGAUCAGGCCCAUUUUAAAAUCAUACCCGAAAAAACUGGCUUGAAAAUCUCACCGUUAUAUCGAUUUGGAUAUGAAGACGAUAGUAAAUUACGAUUGAAAUGCACAGCUAGGCCAUUGCUCUUUCCCUUGUAAGUUUUCGGUUGGAGAGUCAACAAUUCCAAAAAAAAAGUAAGAAAAAUAAAAAAACACAAAAAAAUGAUAUGGACCACCAUUUUUAUUCUAUUUAAAAAAAAAAAACAAGUGAAUUAUAAAAAAUCUAUUCAGAUCCUUUUUUUGUCUAUCGAAUUUCAUUCGAUUUAUCAUCCAAAGCAUAUUUUAAGCACUUGAAUGCAUUGAAUUUUGUGAUGUAUUAUGUGAUGCGACAGUUCGAUGUAUGUACUUUUAGUCAUAGUAAAUAAACCAAACAACAACCAAAUUUAUUAUUAAAAUAUAAAUAAAAUUUAAAACAUUGCUGUUAAUGUUAAACCCCCGCAGAGCAAAACAAAAUCAAUUUAGUAAGAACUCAAAAUACGACUAGAUUUCAAUGAUAAAAACUAAUCACAAAAAAGACACAAACACUUUCACAUACACACAUACACUUUUAUCAACAAAAAAAAUGAAGAAAAAGGAGUUAAAAUGAAUCUGAGCGAAAGCUGAUAUACAUGCAUCUUCUUUUUACUUCGCAUAAGUUCCCAAUCAAACCAUAUAGGGUAUAAAUAAUUCAUAUUGCACGUGUAAUGGCAUAUUAUUUUAUACAAAAAAAAAACAACUACUAAACAAAUACUUAUAUUAAAUUUAAAUGAAUCACACUUGAAUUUAGAAGUUGUUGUUGAGACUUGGCACCUCUACAGUGAACAAAAAAAGACACUAAUUAAGAUCACUAUUAUUACUAUAAUUACCAUGAAUGUUAUUUCAACAAGAGGAAAAUUAAAAUUAAAAUCGGCUUUGGAGCAUAAAUGUAAGUUUUAUAACUAAUUAUAUUGAAUUAAAAAUCACAAUUUUGCGCACAGAACAACAACCGUAUAAGCAUACAUUGGGUCUCUACACGGUAUCAAAAUUCUAAAGCAAACUAAAAAAAAUGAUUUAGACAAACAUAUAGAAAAUUUUAAUCGGAACUAGCUAUCACGAGCUAUCAUCAACAAACACACACACAUACACUACCCUUUGCUCCGUCACUUAGUUUUAUGUCAACAUAUAUUUUUACAAUAUAUUUUAGUUUAGUUUUUCUCCAAAGUCAUUUGAUCUUUGUUAAAUAAAUAUCACACAUUCCAUAAAAAGUAAUAAAUAUAUUAUCGAUGUAUGUGAAUCAAUCAAACAAAUAAAUUAUUUUUAAAUAAAAUUAUUCUUGAGUAACAUAUAUAAUGAAGAAAAAAAUGAUAUUCAUUCCGUUUUGUACUACACUCACUUCAUAGUGAUAUGUGCCCAAAAAAUCGCAUCUUUUUUCGUGUAAAUCCAUGCGGAAUGAAUGACAUUUUCCCGUUUGCAUUUUUGGCCACUAUCAAAAGGUACCAGCACCAUUUGAAGCACACUCAACUAUCAUUAACAGAUUAUGAAUCUUUCAAAUGUCGGACGAUUUCCCAAAAAUACAUUUUCCCAAAAAAAAUUAUUCGUUCGGGAAAAAGUUUCAUUCGUAAAAACUUCCAACAUUCAAAAUUUGGCUUAACAUUCAUUUCAGACAUUUCACAAUUGGCAAUACUAUUCGGUAUAUUUGGAAUUUCAAUUUAGUUGCAUUGCUUGGGAAUUGACUCGUUUUUAUCAUGAAAAUCAAUGGAAAAAUGGCCCCAUUUUUCAAUGAGUCCUCACAAAUGAAACGCAAUUAAGAUCACAAAAUUGAACUACACAAUACCAGACAAUAUAUUGAGCUAACUGAUCAUCCCAGAUAAAAUGAAUUAGUCAGCUAAAUGGGACGUUUUGAUUUUGUGACAACAAAACAUCUAAAAGACCAAAAUGGAACUCUAUUUUUGAGUUCACACAUCAAUAUAUUCUCUGCACAAUACCACUAACUAUUUUAAAAUAUCUUCGAUUGAUAAAUCGCAUCAAUUUCGAUUGCUGGCAUACUAAAGUGGUUAAAAAUGUGGAGCGAUGAGUUAGGAAAAAAAUCAUAAACAUAAAUAUUCAUAUAAAUUUUAAACUAAACAUACAAAUGCAAAAGUGAAACAAACAGACGCGUAAAUUCUUAUGUGCUUUUAACAAUAUAGUGAAACAAACAACAAACGAAAACGCGAUUCGGCCACUCCGUUCAUAAUACUUUGUAAUGAACAGACGAUCAGUACAAUUACUAGUACGGUGACAUCAAUAUGACAUAUAUCUGAAUUACGACAUUUCAAUUCCUACAAAACUUACAAUGAAAAAAAGAGCCUUUCAAAAGAGCCUUUCAAUGGUAUUCGAUUUGCGAUUUCAAGUCAACUGAAUAUGUGCGCUGUGCGAUUUCUGUUUGUUGGCUAUGUUUUUUUAUGGAAAUUAAUUUUUCUUCGUUAAUUUUUCUUCAUUUAUUUUAUUUCUUCAAUUACAAUGAUCAUCAACAAAUGUUGGUCGCUUUCAACUUUUAAUUUGUUCUUUAUGAAAAAGAACGGGACCGCCACCCCGUGGUCAAUAGAAAUUCAUUAGAAUUAAUUGUUAUCUCUCUAGAGAAUAUAUAGAAGAAAUGCUUUGUUAAUGAAGUUCCGUUUCGAAUUUUAUUGACGCGGUUAAUUAAGUGCACAGAUACUUAAACUUACUUGUUCACAAUACCACACGAUAAAAAAAUAAUCCACACGCAAAGAGCAAAAACUCACUCAUUCCACAUUUUCUCCAUAUUGUUUUAGCUAGACCUAGUGAAUACGAUUAUAAACACAAACAUCCUUGAAAAACCACAUACAAGAAGAAAAACGGGAAAUAAUAAUUAAAUGUGUUUAGUGAUAAAUUCUAGUCGUAUGUGAUGCAUGUAAGAAUUCUAAUUAACACAAGAAAAAAAAAGCACCCUCAACGAAACAAAACAUAAAAAAAGUAUGAUUAAUGCCAAACCAAACAAAAAUAAUGUUCUUAUAGUUCUUGUCACAGCGCCUUAUUGUAGCAAAUAUACAUAUAUAUUAUCAAAUCAAAGUCCAACUCUAUCGAAUUUUUUUCUGUAGCCAACGAAAUGAGUAAAAUUAAUUUAUUUUAUUAACAUCAUUGACAUUGUGCAUUCAGUUUAACAAUUUUUUAUUUGUAAAUUUUGUUGAUAAUCCAUUUUUGUCCAUUUUCAAAAUCUGAUUACAUCCCUUACAUCAUUGAAACUUCCAUCUAUCUUUCUGUAAACAAUGGUUUUUAAUGUAACAAACAUUUUCCGAAAUAUAAAUGAUUUCACACCUUAUUCCACAUAUUAAAUAUAUAAUUUUUAAGCUAUUUAAUCUAAUUCAGUCAUCAGAGUUUUCUAUUUUAAACGUUCGGCAUUGUCUUUGUUUUUUUUUAAUUCAAUUUAUAUAAAAUCCAUAGCACACAUUGUGUGUACACAUACAGAAGCUCAUUUUUCGAUACAAUCCUUAAAUAGCUUUAAACAAAACUGGCUCUAACAACACUAUUUUUCAGUCCAGCUCAACAUAGACAAAAACAUAAACAAUCAAUAUUUUGCACAUAAUCACAAACUACAAUGCCAAUUACUAACUGUCCCAUAACAACAAAAUUCCACUUCAUUUCGCCUCUACAACAAAAAUUAGUGAAUAGAUUGUAGCUAGAGCUAUAGCAAUGGUAUUUUUGCAGCUUCUAUUCAUAGGCAUAUUCGAUUUUAUGAUCGAAUGUUUGUCGUUCGAAAUUGUAUCAUAAAAUCACUGUCCGUAUGCGUUGUUAACAAAUGGUGUCUAUGAAUGGGAGCUUCGAAGGUAGCACUGCUAUAGCUGUAACCACAAUCGAUUCAUUGACAAAAAAUCAAACCACAUAAUUAUAUCAAAGUAUAUCGUGUUUCAUUGAUUAUCUUAUAAUUGUCGGAAAUACUCGUUAACACAAAUCGCUGUUUAACUACAAUCACAAAGUGUUUUUUUUUUUAAUUACAAACACAUAUAAAUAUACAGUUGAAUUUAAAAUCCAAUUGUUGAAUUAAAAAAAUAGUAAAAAAAAUCGUGUUUGAAAAUAUUUUUUGCACCUCAAUGAUUGUUAUACAAAAUGAACGUAUUCAAAUUAGUAGUAACGCGUCAAAAAAAGAAAGAUCCAAAAAAAAUCGAUACAAAAAAUAACAAACAAACCAAAGAUGAGACAUGGGACAAAAAAAAAAAACAUUAUUUUUCAUAAGUCACGUUCACAAACUACUAUGCACUAAAACAGCACUCAUCUUCAUAAAUAAAAAAAAUAUGGAAUAAAUUAAAACUUUUAAUUAAAUAUAAUAUAAAAAGAGCAUGCAUGCACAAAUGAAACGAAUAAAAGAGAUAUUGUUAUACAUAUGGUAAUAAAUUUAAAUGCAUUUUAGAUAAAAAAUAAACUAUUCAUUUAAUGUAUGUCGCCAAACAUGUCAUACAUUCAAACAAAUCUCAUAAUCCAUGGAGAUGAACCAUUUGAUGAAGAAGAGAAGAGAAAAAAAAGAAUUAUAAUUAUGUGUGUAUUUUUCAAUUUUCGUGUAACAAACCUAUAUGCAAAAAACGGUAUUUUCGGUAUGGAUUACGAUAUAUUCAAUAAAAAUUGUUAGUUGGUGUUCCUCACAUUAAAUUAAUAUUACACAUUGUCCCAAACAUGCAAAUAUUUACAUAGAUUAACAAAUACAGUGCGCAUACAAUUUGAGAAUAUUUCUCAAAAACUGCUUAUUUCUUUCGGCUUUUUCCAAUCAUUUUAAAACAUUUCCAUGGAGAUUUUUUUUUUUUUUUAAUAUAAUCUCUGGAGCCUGAAAUAUUGUACAAAAAACCGUUGACAUUGCUUCAUACACAAACACCAAACAUGGUGUACAUUGAUUGCCUCAAUAUUUCUGGUCUAUUUAAACAUAAAUAUUAUUUUGAUACAGCCAUAGACAAUAUAAAUAUAUAAAUGAUAAUAUGUAAACAAUUGAUCCCAGGCUUAUAUUCUUAUUGGAUUUAUGGAGACAACAGCAUAUUUAUUGUAUCCACUGAAAAUACGGCUUUGGCAACAACAAGAUGGAAAACAACAACAAAUUCAAUGCACCGAUUAUUAACAUAAUGACA